ACUGCACCCUGCCUGACAUGGCAGCCACCAUCCCGCCACCACCACCAGACCCCCAGUUUGUCCUCCGAGGCACCCAGUCGGCCGUGCAUGCACUGCACUUCUGUGGAGGAGCCCAGGCUGAGGGGCGCCCACUCCUCUUUUCGGGGUCUCAGAGUGGCCUGGUGCACAUCUGGAGCCUGCAGACACGGAGAGCCGUUGCCACCCUGGACGGCCAUGGGGGCCAGUGUGUGACUUGGCUGCAGACGCUGCCCCAGGGGCACCAGCUCCUCAGUCAGGGCCGGGACCUGAAGCUGUGCCUAUGGGACCUGGCAGAGGGCAGGAACACCGUCAUGGACUCUGUGCGCCUGGAGAGUGUGGGCUUCUGCAGGAGCGCCAUCCUGGCCGGGGGGCAGCCCCGCUGGACACUGGCUGUGCCGGGGAAGGACAGUGAUGAGGUUCAGAUUCUGGAGAUGCCAUCCAAGACGUCAGUGUGCACCCUGAAGCCAGAGGCGGAUGCCAAGCCGGGCAUGCCCAUGUGCCUGGAGCUGUGGCAGGCCAACUCCAGCCCCCGCCCACUCCUUCUGGUCGGCUACGAGGACGGAUCGGUGGCCCUGUGGGACGUCUCUGAGCGGAAGGUGUGCAGCCGCAUCGCCUGCCACGAGGAGCCCGUCAUGGGCCUUGACUUCGACUCCCAGAAGGCCAGGGGCGUCUCAGGCUCCGCAGGGAAGGCGCUGGCUGUCUGGAGCCUGGAUGGGCAGCAGGCCCUGCAGGUCAGU